AUGGCUGACCCAAAGGACCAAGAAGAGCACGAAACCACUGCAGAAAUUCCAGAAGACACCAAUCAUGACCCUCAGUUUGAACCAAUCGUGAACCUUCCUGAGCAGGAAGUGAAAACGUUAGAAGAAGAUGAAGAGGAACUUUUCAAAAUGCGAGCUAAGCUCUACCGGUUUGCCUCUGAAAUUGAGCCCCCUGAGUGGAAGGAGAGAGGCACUGGUGAUGUCAAGCUGCUCAGACACAAAGACAAGGGCACAAUCCGCCUUCUGAUGAGGAGAGAUCGUACUUUGAAGCUUUGUGCCAAUCAUCAGAUUGUACCAAUGAUGGAGCUGAAGCCCAACGCUGGCAGCGACAGAGCCUGGGUGUGGAACACACUAGCAGAUUAUGCUGAUGAAGAACCCAAACCUGAACUUCUGGCCAUCCGGUUUUUAAAUGCAGAAAAUGCGCAGAAGUUCAAAGUGAAGUUUGAUGAAUGCAAAGGUGUGGUCAAAAACAAAGAUGGAUCAGACAACGCUGAUAGUGCAAUCAAAGUGGUGGAGAAACUGGAAGAGCUCUCGGUAAAGGACAAGAACGAAGGUGAAAAAGACUGAGAAGAAGAGGAGACCAAGCAGGUGAAGGCUGAGGAAAAGAAUUGAGAAGCAAGAACUUUCUGUACCGGUCUUCAAUUGAACCGUUUUCCUCUUUUUCUACAAUAGACUCUAAGUGAACUGAAUUUGGACACUUGACAUAUUAGUUUUUUUAAUGAUCCGUUUUGCCUCACAAGUCCUUAAUACCACUUUGAACAAACAAGUAAAAUAAUCAAAGUAUGAAAAUGAAGCCACCUUUCUUCUGACCCCUUAUCUUGGAAUGCCACACUUUUCAAUUAUGCUCAUCAACACUUUAAUGUUACUUGUGACAAACUGUGAAGAGGCUUGUGAUAGAGAUGAUUCCCACAUUGGGGUAUUUAGGAUUUUUGGUUUUUUAUUAUUAUUUUUGUGAGGAAGAGGGUUAUGUAGCCUGCUUGUUAGCAGCACAGGGUCAGGGACCAGGCAUAGAAGAGCAUUAUCUGUUACAUCCCAUGAUGCAUUUCAACGGGCUUUCUUGACCUGUUCAUGCUUUUGCUGUUCCUGGCAUCAAGUAAAUAAAUUUUUUGUCAGUGGAGACAUGUAGAAGUUUUUUCCCCCGCUCAGGCCCAUUGUGACAUCAUAUUAAUGUGGGGCCAAUCAGCAUAGGGUCACUGCAGUUUAGGGCCAUCAGAUGCACUUAGCCUAAAUGUCAUUUUGUUUCAAACAUCUGAACGUUAGUAAGUCCAAAGUCAACGGUUUGUCAGUUUGCCAUAGCGCUACUCCAACUGAAGUUUCUCAUCACCAGGAAUUCUCUCUGUAACAUUCCCAGAUUACUUCAGGCAUGUGAAAUCUGUCCCCAGCCAUCCUUCCUGCUCACCUCUAUUUCUUCUCCCCAACCAUUUCUGAACCUCAAAAAUGCAUCCAAGUGCCAGUGCAUCUGUAAAUACUUGUACAUGGAUGAAAUGUUGCUUCUCAUUUGCACUCAAAAUGAUUGGAAAUGUUUCUUCCAGCUUUGAAUAAAACACUGUCAACCAC